AUGACUUCUUCAGAAAUCGUUUUCGUUAAGACACCUCCUCCUCAAAAGCCUCUUCCGGCUUCUACAAAGUCCGGUGUUCGCACAACCGAUUAUCCUUCCAUCAAGAAUGGUACUCUCAUCGUCGAAGGCCCAUCCAGCCGUCACUUUUCCAACCUUCUUCUUUUCUCUUUGUUGUUGGGAAUCCCCUUCUUUUUCACUAAAAAAAUUGGCGGUGGUUUAAAGACUUACCUUUUCUUGACUGUUCUUUUUGCCAUCCCUAUUCUCAUGGCCUUCUGGACUGUCGCUUCUUCCUACAGUCCUAAUCUUGGCGGUGACAGUGUUACUCUUCCUAAUAGAGGUGUCGAGCACUACCUUACCUUUAAGGACCCUGAGUUGGCCGAGAAGUAUAAGGGCGAAAACAAGAUCCCCAUGGAGACUUUCCACGAGCUCUAUUUCGAUCAAAAGGUUGACUUCAAUGGUGAUGCUCUUGACGUUCUUGAAGAAAGACAUGACUGGGCUUCUUUUAGAUUUACUCUGUCUUUAUUCAAGUUCUUUUUGACCGGUAUGAUGCCUGAGGUUAUUAUGCACACUCGCUCCCAAGAUGAAGAACAGGUUCGUGACCAUUACGACCGCGGUGACGACUUUUACUCUUGGUUCCUUGGCCCCCGUAUGAUUUACACUUCCGGUAUUAUCUCUGAUAUCCACAAGACUGAAUCUCUUGAGCAACUUCAGGACAACAAGCUCCGCAUUGUUUGCGAGAAGAUCGCUUUGAAAAAUGGUGACCGUUUGCUCGAUCUUGGCUGUGGUUGGGGUACUCUUGCUCGUUUCGCUUCUACACAGUAUGGUGCUCAUGUUACCGGUAUUACUCUUGGCCGCAACCAGACUGCCUGGGGUAACUCUAACCUUCGCAAGGAUGGCGUUCCUGAGUCCCAGUCUAAGAUUCUGUGUCUUGAUUACCGUGAUACUCCUGUUCCUGAAGGCAAAUACAACAAGAUCACUUGUCUUGAAAUGGCUGAACAUGUCGGUGUUCGCAAGUUUGGCUCGUUCUUGCGUCAAGUUUACGACAUGCUUGAGGAUGAAGGUUUCUUCUUCUUGCAGAUUGCUGGUUUGAGAAAGUGCUGGCAGUAUGAGGACCUUGUUUGGGGUCUUUUCAUGAAUAAGUAUAUUUUCCCUGGUGCUGAUGCUUCUACCCCUCUUGGAUUUGUUAUUGAUAAACUUGAGGGUUCUGGCUUUGAAAUUGUUUCUGUUGAUAACAUUGGUGUUCAUUACUCUGCCACUCUUUACAACUGGUACAGAAACUGGAUGGCUAAUAAGGAUCUUGUUGUUUCCAAGUAUGGUGCUAGAUGGUUCAGAAUUUGGGAGUACUUUUUGGCUUCCUCUGUCAUUACUUCCCGUCAAGGUGGUGCCACUUGCUUCCAAAUUCUUCUUAGAAAGAACCUCAACAAGGUUCACUCAGUCGAGCAGAUUCCUCUCCAGUACGGUCUUCAUGUCCCUAAGCCCCCUCAAGGAAACGUUUGGCUUGACAAUACCCUCACCGCCAUCUCUCAGUUGAGAGCUUCUGCCACUGCCAACGUCAAUCCUGAACUUGUCCCCGUUGAAGCCACUGAUUAA